UCCAGCUAACCAGUAGAGAGCUGCUCCUGAGGGACUGUCCAAAGCAGAGACCAAGGCAAGUCUCAGCACACGUCUUCUUGCAAUGGAACAUUAUAAGGCUGCCAUGGUGCUGGGGGGAGUUGGAGAUGCUCUGGGCUACAGGAACUCUAUGUGGGAGAACUGUCCUUCAGGUGUGGUAAUUCUAGCUGAAUUGAAAGCUCUGGGUGGAUUGGAAGGCAUUACAUUAACGGAGGACAGCUGGCCCGUCAGCGAUGAUACACUUAUGCACAUAGUAACAGCAGAGGCACUUGUGUCAGAUUUCUGGUCCUUUGAGGAUCUUUAUCGUGAAAUGGUGAAGGUUUACGUUGAGGUUGUUGAAAAAAUCCAUAAGAGGCGACCAGAUCCAGCGACUGUUGAAGGCUGCACCCAGCUCAAACCAGAUAAUUAUAUCCUGGGAUGGCACACACCUUUUAACGUGAAAGGGUCAGGAUUUGGUGCAGCCACUAAGGCCAUGUGCAUCGGGAUGAGAUACUGUCAACCUGAGAAGCUAGACAAUCUUGUACAAGUGAGCAUUGAAUCCGGCCGAAUGACACACAACCACCCUACAGGUUUCCUGGGAUCACUGUGCACAGCUCUGUUCGCAUCCUAUGCUGUCCAGCGCAAGCCCAUGGUGGAGUGGGGAAGGGAGAUGUUAAAGGUUGUUGGUGUGGCCGAGGCAUACUGUAGGAGAACCAUUCGUCAUAUGUCAGAAUACCAAGAAAAUUGGUUUUAUUUUGAAACCAAGUGGCAAUCAUAUUUGGAAGAAAGAGGAAUUGCACAGGAAGGGCAGAACACACCGACUUUUCCAAAGAAUUACGACGCGGAGAAAAGAGAUCAGGUAUACAAGGAAUGGAGCUCCGAAGGUGUGGGUGGGAGAAGAGGACAUGAUGCUCCAAUGAUAGCCUAUGAUGCACUCCUGUUCGCUGGGGGUGACUGGACAGAACUGUGUAAUCAUGCCAUGUUUCAUGGAGGUGAGAGUGGAGCCACCGGAUCAAUUGCAGGCUGCCUCUACGGCUUACUUUAUGGAAUGACGAGCAUUCCCAAAGGAUUAUAUGAGAAUUUAGAAUUCAGGGAGAAACUGGAGGAGCUUGCAGAAGAACUAUAUAAAGCAGCAAAAUGACAGCAAAACCCCUUAACAGGUAUAAGGGGGCAAGUGGAACACUACCUGUCACUCUAAGAGAGCUACAGUUUCAGAUUUUCAGACUCUUUCUUAACCUACAAAGCUACUCUCUGAACUAUGCAAUAAUAAAUAUUACUGAUAUGAGGGCAGAUGAAAAAAUAUAACUAGGAAUGAGCACAAAGCUAUAAUUAUAAUAAACGUGUUUACCUCACUA